AUGUUCCGAUAUAAUACUAUAAAUUAUCAUAAUCUAAAUCAAUAUUCACCACCACUACCACCACAAAAUACUCAAACGUUUCCAAAUUAUCAAAAUAUUGUUGCCGCUGCCGAUGUCACCAAUACUACCGCAAACGUCGACGCCACAUUUGCCAUUGCCAGCGGUAACAAUAUGAAACCUUCAGUCUCGACUCCAUUAUUAAAUGAUUCUUCUCACAAAAGCAAUAAUGAUAUUAUUUGGUUCUUGGCACGUCUUGAAAAACAAGAAUCAUUUAAUAAUGGAGUCGAGACUGAAGGUUUCAUAUUGUUACCGCUGGCAAUGGCAAAUGUGGCGUCGACGUUUGCGGUAGUAUUGGUGACAUCGGCAGCGGCAACAAUAUUUUGA